UCUCUGCCUCCUUUCUCUCUGCUGUCCUGGGGCUCAGUGAACUUAGGGGUGUAUACAACUUCUGCAGAGUGUCCAGCACCCAGCAGACCCCAUAACUGUGAGUAACCCCUGAACCUCACUGCUCCUUAGAGGAAGCAAGCUCCUAGGACAGCACCUGGGCUCCUUCUUCUAGUUCCCCCAGCACAGGUCUCCUGAAUCUUUCAGAUCUCCAACAGAAGCCACUUUGCCAGCGUCAGAGAUGGGUCACUGACACGCCAUGGGAAUGCCAGGCGGGUUAGGCUGCACAACAGAUGAUGUGACACUGUAGAAGGAUCGGGAAACUGAAGUCUGAAUUUCACCGGGCCCUUGGGCAAGACGCCUGUCCUCCCUGAACCUGCCUCUGUAGUGGUAAUCGUACUUGGCUAGCCCUCUCCAACCACCAGCGUCGCGAAUUUGAUGAAUGGCAAGCCCACUGUCAGCGAGGCGCGCCCCAUUCCUGCUGCAGAUUUUCCGGGAAACCCCUCUGUGCACGAGGUAAGGCCCGGGUUUACCCGCGUCCUUGGUUUACUUGCUCAGCCAGCGCACCUGGUCCGCGAGGGGUGGGAUCGGCCUUCUAAGAGCUGGUGCUGGGUCCCGCGCGGCAGCCCUGUCACUGCCUUGCGUCCUGACUCUCCGCUGCCGCACCCCGGAGCUCAAGGGUGAAGACCCGGAGCCCGGAGGUCUGGAGCCCAGGGUCUCCAGGGGGCGCGUCCAGGUGUUCUCUGAGGCUUGGAGUUGCGCCGCGGCGUCUGUGAGUGCGGGCGCGACCUGGCAGAGAGGUGGCCCAGUAGGGGCGGGGCAUACCGCCCCGGGCUCCGCCCCGCGCCGGCUCCAGGCUGUGGGGAAGCUGGACGUAGAGCACAAUCCGGGCUCAGCCGGCUGAACAGAUCGCGGACCGGGAUGAGCACCCUCUUGCAGUCUGCGGGCCUGGGCGCGGUGCGGCCGGAUGGCAGGUAGCGGUGGCCUGGGCGGCGGGGCCGGGUGUAGCCAGGGCGCCGGGGCAGGUCCCGGGGCAGCGCUGCGUGCGCCCCGUGCGCCUCUGCUGCUCGCCGUGCUGGUGCUGGGAGUGUACUGCCUCUGCACCCUCCAGGGCUGCGGCCCGCCAGCCGCCCGCGUCCCGGUGCCGGCCCCCGCACCGGCGGCGCCUCCCAGCGCCUCAUGCAGCCCGGGGGUGCCGGUUCUGCCGGUGGCCACCGGCCCCGGACGCCAGCGAUUCCCGCAGGCACUCAUCGUGGGUGUGAAGAAGGGCGGCACGCGCGCCCUCCUGGAGUUCCUGCGUCUGCACCCCGACGUCCGCGCGCUCGGCUCCGAGCCCCACUUCUUCGACAGAUGGUACGAGCGCGGACUCGCCUGGUACCGGAGCCUGAUGCCCCCCACCUUGGACGGGCAGAUCACCAUGGAGAAGACUCCCAGCUACUUCGUGACUCUUGAGGUUCCUCACCGCAUCCACAGCAUGUCCCCGGACAUGAAACUGAUAGUAGUGGUUCGGAACCCCGUGACUCGGGCCAUCUCUGACUAUGCCCAGAUGCUCUCCAAGACCCCGAGCCUACCCAGCUUCCGAGCCCUGGCCUUCCGCCACGGCCUGGGCCCCGUGGACACAGCCUGGAGUGCUGUGCGCAUUGGCCUCUACGCCCAGCACCUGGACAACUGGCUGCGAUACUUUCCCCUGUCCCACUUCCUGUUUGUCAGCGGUGAGCGCCUGGUCAGUGACCCCGCUGGAGAAGUUGGCCGCGUGCAAGACUUUCUGGGCCUGAAAAGGGUCGUCACAGACAAGCACUUCUACUUCAACGCCACCAAGGGCUUCCCCUGUCUCAAGAAGGCCCAGGGGAGCAGCCGCCCCCGCUGCCUGGGCAAGUCCAAGGGCCGGCCGCACCCUCGGGUGCCUGAGGCAGUGGUCCAGCGGCUGCGGGACUUCUACCAGCCCUUCAACCAAAAGUUCUACCAGAUGACCGGUCAGGACUUUGGCUGGGACUGAGAGGCCAGGCCAGCGCAGGGCCCGUGGGGGGAUGUUUAGUAACCCUAAUUUAAGCCUAUCAGCCAGUCAGAGCAGGCUGUGUGCACAUUCUGGGUAGAGAAAACUAUUUAAGAAAUAAAGUUUGGAUCUGUGUUCUUUUA